CGCAAGCAAAGCAAAGCGUAUCGCGAGCAAAAGGGCGACAGCCACUUGGCGAGAGAAAGAGAGAGCUCGAGAACACACAGCACAGCAGCAAUGGAGGGGCUGAUCCCGUUCGUGAUCGACGCGAUCAGGAGGAGCAACGAGCGGAGCGGCUACCGCUCCGUCUCGUCCGACGGCGGCAGCUCCCGCGGCGGUGGCAGCAGGCGGCACCUCAUCGACUACUACGAGCUGCCCGACGCUGCGGCCGCGGCGAGCGUCGUCGAGGGCCCGUCCGCGUACGGCACGCUGCACCGCCGCGCGCGGUCGGAGUUCGUGCAGGGGGCAGGCGUCCGUCGCGUCGAGGAGCACGGCAGGGCGGCGGCCGUGGUCGCCGGGUCAGCUUAUCGUCGGAAAUGAGGGACGAUGGCAAGGGCCGCAUGCUGGGUUGCUGCCUCUGAAGUCUGAACAACUUUGGUCGCGGGAGAAUCAGCAAUUCAGCAUUUUGGGGGAGUGGUUAACUAGUACAGUUUGUUAUGUUCAAUUCGUUCUUAGCCGUGCAUGUCAUGUAAUCGAAGAAAGCUGCGAGCUUGUGAGCGUAAACAAGGCGCUCACGGCUCGACAUUUUCGUAAACCCAAAGUCAAGUCUGUCUAUGUUCUGCUGUUUCGAAGAAAAAAAAUGUACAUAUA